GCACGCGCAGUAGAAGGUUCCCGCAUCGGCGUCGAAGCUGCGCCUUCAGCAAUCGCAGUCACCUGUCACCACAGGCUGUCCCCGCCCCCUCCGCUGCCUGCGCGCGCAGAACAUCGGAGGGCGCCGGCGGGAAGGGACACGGCGGGGUAGAAGCAGAAAAUGGGCAGCAGUGUCUUUCACUAAUCUGUGAUCAUCAUGUCUAAGGAGGAGUGUGCCAAGGCUGCUGACAGUUCAUUUUCCUCUGAUAAACAUGCCCAGCUCAUCUUGGCCCAGAUGAACAAAAUGAGAAGUGGACAGCAUUUCUGUGAUGUACAGCUACAGGUGGGGAAGGAAACCUUUCAAGUUCAUCGGCUGGUCCUGGCUGCCAGUAGUCCAUACUUUGCAGCUUUGUUCACAGGAGGAAUGAAAGAGUCCUCCAAAGACGUUGUACAGAUUCUCGGAAUUGAAGCUGGAAUCUUUCAGUUACUUCUAGAUUUCAUUUAUACAGGAUUAGUGAACAUAGCUGUGAAUAAUGUCCAGGAGUUGAUUGUUGCAGCAGACAUGCUACAGUUGACUGAAGUUGUUAAUCUUUGCUGUGAUUUUCUGAAAGGACAAAUUGAUCCACAGAACUGCAUUGGACUCUUUCAGUUCUCUGAGCAAAUUGCCUGCCAUGACCUUUUGGAAUUUACAGAAAAUUAUAUUCAUGUCCAUUUCUUGGAGGUUCAUAGUGGGGAAGAGUUCCUGGCACUUACAAAAGAUCAGCUGAUCAAAAUUCUACGAAGUGAAGAGCUUAGCAUUGAAGAUGAAUACCAAGUCUUCUUAGCUGCCAUGCAGUGGAUUCUAAAAGAUCUGGGAAAGAGAAGGAAACAUGUAGUGGAAGUGUUAGAUCCAGUUCGGUUCCCUUUGUUACCAUCUCAGAGGCUUUUAAAGUACAUAGAAGGAGUAUCUGAUUUUAAUCUUCGAGUUGCACUGCAAACACUUUUGAAAGAGUACUGUGAGGUCUGCAAGUCUCCCAAAGAGAACAAGUUUUGUAGUUUUCUGCAGACAUCUAAAGUUCGACCUCGGAAGAAAGCAAGAAAAUAUCUGUAUGCAGUAGGUGGAUAUACACGGUUGCAGGGCGGCCGCUGGAGUGAUAGCAGAGCCCUCAGCUGUGUAGAGCGUUUUGACACCUUCAGCCAGUACUGGACCACCGUAUCUUCACUUCAUCAGGCUCGGUGUGGACUUGGAGUUGCAGUUUUAGGAGGGAUGGUCUAUGCUAUUGGAGGAGAAAAGGAUUCGAUGAUCUUUGACUGUACUGAGUGUUAUGAUCCAGUUACUAAACAAUGGACAACUGUUGCUUCAAUGAAUCACCCCCGCUGUGGAUUGGGAGUAUGUGUGUGCUACGGGGCAAUCUAUGCUUUGGGUGGGUGGGUUGGAGCUGAGAUUGGCAACACCAUUGAACGAUUUGAUCCUGAUGAAAAUAAAUGGGAAGUGGCUGGCAACAUGGCAGUGCCCCGAUACUACUUUGGGUGCUGUGAAAUGCAAGGUUUAAUUUAUGCAGUUGGAGGAAUCAGCAAUGAAGGACUAGAGCUCCGUUCCUUUGAGGUUUAUGAUCCACUGUCCAAGCGCUGGUCUCCACUUCCUCCUAUGGGAACCAGAAGAGCCUACCUUGGGGUGGCAGCACUCAAUGACUGCAUCUAUGCUAUCGGAGGGUGGAAUGAGACACAAGAUGCCCUUCACACUGUAGAAAAGUACUCCUUUGAAGAGGAAAAGUGGGUUGAAGUUGCUUCAAUGAAAGUGCCUAGAGCAGGCAUGUGUGUUGUGGCAGUCAAUGGUCUUCUGUAUGUUUCUGGAGGCCGAUCUUCUAGCCAUGAUUUCUUGGCCCCAGGUACUUUGGACUCAGUUGAAGUUUACAACCCUCAUUCAGAUACAUGGACCGAAAUUGGUAAUAUGAUCACUAGUCGUUGUGAAGGGGGUGUUGCAGUACUGUGACAGAGAAGGCACAAAAGCAGAAGGAACAUUUGGAAAAUGUAGGUUCUGACCAUUUGCAAAUCAAACAUAUAUUUGUGAUAUGAUCUUCUGAUUCUUUUGAGUAUUCCAUGUAUUGAAUAGAUGAAGAGUGAUUUUUCUAAAACUUUGAAUGAGAAUGGAUAUGGUAUAUAUCUUAAAUUAAACAAAUUUGCAGAACGUAGCAACAAUACAAAUGAUAUUUAUGCCUUAUUCAGUUAUCAAUAGGAUCCUAAUUGUAAAAAUUGUUUGCUAGAAACUUCUGGGAAAUAGUGCAUUUUGGCUAUUUCUCCAGUAUAAUUCAAGUUGAAACAUAGCCUGUAUAUAGUAUAAAGACAUGAGACAGUUAAAAUUUUUUUAUAAUUUGUGAUUUGAUCCAGAACAUAGUUCCAUGGUGGUGUCAUGUAGCCUACAGAGAAAAGUCAGUGAAACUGUCCCUCAAUGGCAGGGGUUUUCACUACCCCUGAUUAUUUUAUUGGCAGCAGAAUAUUAAAAAGGACAGAUAGUAAAAUAUCUGGGUUUUUUGUUUUGUUUUCUGAGACAGGGUCUCUAUGUAGCUCUGGCUGUUCUGGAACUUUCUAUGUAGACCAGGCUGGCCUCAAACUCACAAAGAUUUGUCUAUCCCUGCCUCCUACAUGCUGGGAUUAAAGGCCUGUGCCACUAUGCCCAACAAUAACUAGCUAUUUAAUAGGUUUUGCUUUUGAUAGUCUAAGAGAAUAUUUUUCUUUGAUUCUGAAAAUGCAAGUAAGGAAUUAAUAGGUUCUUGGUGAAGGCUCUUUUUAAAAAAUAAUUUUACUUAUUUUUAUUUAUGUGUAUCUCUAUGUGCACCAUGUGUAUGCAGGUGCCUACUCUGGCCAGAAGAGGAUGUAGUAUCCCCUGGAACUGGAGUUAUAAGUCUUAUAAGCUGCCUGAUGUGGGUGCUGGAACUGAACAUUUAGAUCCUUAGAAAGAGCUGCAAAUGUUGUUAACUUUUGAGCCAUCUUUCUUAUCCCCCUUGAUGAUUUAAAUAUGUGUGUAAGAGUUUUACCUGCAGUUUUGUCUGGAAUCCAGCAUUCCUGAUGAUUGUGAACUGCCAUGUGGGUGCUGGGGCCUCUGGAAGAGCAGCCAGUGCUCCUAACUGCUGAACCAUCUCUUCAGUCCCUUAAUGACAGUUCUUUAUUGAGAUGGUAUGUAAUGGGUAUAAGAGUCCCCAGGGCAUUAUUACUUAGAAGUUUCUUCUUUAUUUUCUAGGUAAUCACCAAAAUGAUGUUUAGUUUUAUGAGGAGGGACUUUUUGUUAGAUUAAAAACUUUAAUUUACUUGUACUUUUGUAAGCGUAUGUAAUAGCUUAGUUAUAAUGCUACUGCCUGGUUUGGAAAAAGCUAAAUUGUGGCUACAACCUUUGAUUGUUUUGUUUUUGAGACAGCUUUAUUAUAUAGCCCAGGUUAAUGGUGAACUCUCAACAUUCGUUCUGCUUCAGCCUUCCUAGUUCAUGAGCCACUAUACAUGGCCCUGUAGUAUAGCUUUGAGCAUCCUUAUUCUGAAAUCUGAAAGUUUUGGGGGGGUUUUUUUUGUUUGUUUGUUGGGGGGGGUUGUUGUUAGUUUUUUUUGAGACAGGGUUUCUCUGUGUAGCCCUGGCUGUCCUGGAACUCAUUCUGAAAACCAGGCUGGCUUCAAACUCAGAAAUCCACCUGCCUUUGCCUCCCAAAUGCUGGGAUUAAAGGUGUGCGCCACCACUGCCUGGCAGUCUGAAAGGUUUUUUUUUUUGUUUUGUUUUGUUUCGGUUUUUGGUUUUUCGAUACAGGGUUUCUCUGUGUAGCCCUGGCUGUCCUGGAACUCACUCUGUAGACCAGGCUGGUCUCGAACUCAGAAAUCCACCUGCCUCUGCCUCCCAAGUGCUGGGAUUAAAGACAGGCGCCACCACCGCCCGGCACUGAAAGUUUUUUAAUGAGAAAAUCUAAUGCAAAACAAACAAACAAACAAACAAACUUUUGGAUAUUGAAUCAUUUUCGAUUUCUGAUUUUCAGAAUAGGGAUAUUCAGCUGAUGAGUGCUACAUAAACAUUCUAAAAUCUGGUGUAUUCUGAAAUCCAAACACUUCUGGUCCCAAGUAUUUCAGAUCUUCAUCAAGGAUUUAACUUGUACGUGUGGAAAUUUUUUUAAUAGACAAAAAUUGUAAGUUUUAACUACCUUGGAUCUAAAACUGCUUCUAAAAAGCUUUUUGGUUUUUUUUUUUUUUUUUUUGAUAGUAAUUUAAGGAGUUGUUUUGCUGAAUUCUGAAGGAUAUCAUCAUUGCUUUUAUUUCUGCCAGCCAGUUAGAACCACUUUAUUGAGGUUUUGCAUACUUUAGACUUAACUGGCUAAGGCAGAAAUGUAAUGUCAGGACAUUAAGUAUUUGAGUAUGUAUGAUUAGUUCAGAAGUUCCCCCAAAAGUUAACUAAAUGUGUAUUAGUUCUCAAGUGAUAACACAUUGUUUUUGGAAGAAUGUACUAAUUAAUAAAAUUCUAACUAUUUUCUUUUCUUUGAAUUAACUUAGUUCAUUAGCAUUACUGGAUUACCAAACUGUAAUAGUAUUAUACUGACUAUUAUUUUUAACCUUAGGAAUGUAUACAUUUAGUUAUAUAAUUCCAUUUUCAGAGAAAUUAAUUAAAGUGAUCUUUCUCCAAAA